AAUAAACAAACCACCAGCACAAAGUCAUCCCCAUUAAAUCCCUUUAGGUUUUUGUUCUUUCCCCAUAGUCUGCUAAAUUAUUCUCUCAUCUCAUAUACUUUAUUUUUAGUUUUAUAAUUUUAAUUUGAUGAGCAUAUAUGUUUUGAGCAACUUUCUUCUUUCCAAAUGAUACUAUAAACUUUGGAAUUGGAAGGGCAAGAAGGCAACACACAACAGUAAAGUUGGCAAAAAGGAAAAGCAACAACUCUCUCCCCAUCAUCUCCUACCUUUAAUCAUUUCAUUUCUAUUCUUUUUUCAAAAUCUCUUUUUAGGCCAUACCCAUGGAAUCUGCUAAUCUCCAACAUCAACUUCAAGAACUAUUUGUUGGAUAUUCUUCUUUGGUAUCAGCUCCAAGAACAGCUCCCAUCACUACUCAUGAAUGCAACCCCAAUAUCAUUUUGGAAGGAAAUUCCUACAAUAACCCUUGUUUAGUGGAUCAAAGCUUACAAUGUUCUUCAAGGGAGAAUGAGAAUGAGAAUGUAUGGUUCAAUUUCUCAUCAACUUACCAACGACAACAACCACCCAAUGAACAGCAACUUUCAACUCUUUAUUCUUCUGUUCAAUCUCCAGCAAGUUAUGGAGGUUUCCAAGGGAUUCCAGCUGGAUCCAACACCAAUUAUUACACCAAUGAUGUUUAUUCGAAUAAUAGUAAUAAUAAUAAUAAUAAUAGCAAUACUUCAACGUUGGAUUUGUUGUCUUCAUCAUCAUUUUCAAGUUCCAUGGGCUACAAUUUACAGGCUGCUCAUCAUCAUCAUCAUCAUCAUCUGGAUUUUCUCAGCUCAACCCCAAAUUAUUCAAGUGGAUUUAACAAAAAUAGAGCCCUAUUUGGCUAUGCUCAUCAAAAUCAUCAUCAUGUCCAAGAUUCAAUUAAUAAUAACAACAGCCCAUCAAACAGCUCCAAUAAAACUUCAUCAACAAGUGUUGGAAGAGCAAAGAGGCCGGUUACCAGCUUGUCUGAGCCUAAAAAGUCCAAUAAUCCAGAAUCAAAGAAAUCUUGCUCCACCUCAAGAUCCACUUGCCCACCAUUAAAGGUGAGAAAAGAGAAAUUGGGAGACAGGAUUUCAGCACUUCAAAGGCUGGUUGCACCUUUUGGUAAGACUGAUACUUCCUCAGUUCUAACUGAAGCAAUUGGCUACAUUCAGUUUCUUCAUGAUCAAGUCGAGACAUUAAGCAUGCCAUAUUUGGGGUCCUCUCAGAGCAAACCCUACCAAAAACAGCAGCCUGGUCCAAUCCAGGAGGAUGGAACAAAACCAAGGCAAGAUCUUAGAAGCAGAGGGCUAUGCCUUAUGCCAGUUUCCUGUGCUUCAUUCAUUCAUGGUUUUGAUUGAGACAAAGAACCAAAGAUUUCAAAAGUAUUUCAUCAAAGAAAGAAAGAAA